AUGAACGAGCACUCGCUGCCGCGACCUCCAGAUGUAGAUCCAGUCAUUGCCGCGAUGGCCGCGGCCGUCGCGUACGGUGGCGAAAAGAGGAACAAGGAGGUGGAUGAAUCCGCCGAUGCUUCGCGGAAAUUGCGAGCGCGAUCCCCGAAAUUAGGAGCCAAAAAACGAAAUUGGUGUUGGAAUUGGUUUGUUCAGGAUAGCAGCAAUAAGAACGCGGCAGUCUGCGAUUACUGCGGCCGUUGCGUGCGUCGUCUCAAGUCUGACCGCGGCUCGCCGAAAAAGCUGCUGGAGCAUCUGAACACGCACAAAAUCACUCCAAAAAUGGAAAAUCGCAUCCGCGAACAGUCCACCUACUCAGGUGGUGUUCAAUCCUUCUACGAAGCGAUACAGAAGCGACAUCGGCAACGGAGUUUGCUGGAUUACGGUGAUACGUCUGUCGCUAUAGCGAACGACGACGACUCAAGCUCUCAUUACCCAUACUCACCAUUAUCGGUGUCACUACAGACGGUACAAACCGUUCCGUCUCAAACUUCGAAAUAUCGACCAAGUGACGAUGUGGCGUGCAUCGACCUAGCAUCCAAGACUAUAAAGUUUCUAUUGGAGAACAGAGUAAACCUCAAAGUGAUUUUCUCUUCCUCAUGGGGUGACCUCAUUCACAGGCCGGCCAACCCUCAUAUUGACGAAUUUCUGAUUUAUCUCGAGUCGAUAUUUACGAAGUUUGGAGAACGACAAUGCAUGCAAGAGCUGGAACGAUGCGCAGCGCUUCGCGGAACGAGCGACUGA